CGGCUCAGCGUUAUACAAGCAGCAAACACACCAUACACUUAAUCGAGCCCGGAGCCUGUGACGAAGCCUGAGCAACAGCAGCGAUGGGGGUGAAAAUUAUGGUGGAAUACUGUGGUGGAUGAGGUUACGAGCCCCGCUAUCGGGAUCUCGCCUCUGUUGUCAAGGGUGAGUUUCCCGAAGCGGAUGUGUCAGGCGUCGUGGGAAGACAGGGCAGCUUCGAGAUUGAAAUCAAUGGGCAGCUGGUCUUCUCCAAGCUUGAGACUGGUGGCUUCCCCUAUGAGGAUGAUGUCAUGAAUGCAGUCCAGAGUGCCCAAGAUGGGAAACCUGUGCAGAAGAUCACCAAAAGCCGCGCACCAUGCGUCAUCAUGUAAACCUCCCUCCGUCCUGCUCUAACAUCAGCAGCAUCGAGACAGGCCAGUGCAACUGUAAACUGCCAAAUGCCACCUCUGGUUUACCCCAACCUUAUUAAAACAGACUGGGGUAGAACAAAUCCAACAGAGAUGCACUACGACCACUAGCUACUUUCUCUGAUGCAUAUCACCAAACUCUGCUCUGCCGUCUGGCUCCUCUCUCUGCUCCCAUAGUGGUGCUCCAGGCUGUUAAUGAUUACUGUGGCCUAAAGUAAUAAGGGUUGUGGUAUGAUGAAUCCUUUCCUGGAAUUCCCUCCUUAUAGGAGCAGAGAUGGGGAGAAGAUGUUGCAGAGGGGUUUGAGUUGGAGGGAGCUCACUUUUAUUUUCCUACAGCCUGAUUGCCUAAUUGUUUUUUUUUUUUUGUUCUAUGUCUUAGUUGUCUUAGUUUAUUGAUCGCAGAUGCAAUUACCACUUUUCAGUGAAUGCAAGGACAGUAAAAGGAAUUGCACAUAUUUUUUAAUCACAAAGGGAGACUCUUUGAUAUCUGCCUCAGUUCUGGUCUAUGCUGAAUAACCUGUUAUUAUAGCAUUUGUAUGAGCAUUCAUAAUUAUUUAAAACACUUGGAGUGCUAAACAAUGUCAGAAUUUGUGGUAGGUAAAGAAACAUUAAGAUUACAAUAGUUUUCUAUCUUUAUGCAUUUCAAACUGGAAUAAGUUAAAACAUUUAAAUGAGUGAUUGUAAUAGUUUGGAGCAGCUGAGCUCUGCCGAGUGUGUGGUCUGACUCUGGUUUUAAGCUCCUCUGUUGUUUGAACUGGUACUUGUACUAGAGCAACCAUCGGCAGUGCUUCUGAAGACCACCACCCACUGGUCUGUCAGCUCACUCUGAUUUGAUGUCAGCUCAUUUUCCACUAAUCAUUUUGCUUUGUUAACUCAGAUGUCCAAACUGUAGACUUUGAAUAAAGGUAAUGGUUGUUUAA